AUGUCUGCAUCCGAAGAUUUAGAAGAUUUCAUUUUUCGUCCUCAGCAGCAUUUGGAUGCUAAGUGGCUUAAUCCUGACUUACAAGAUGCUUUGCAUAAUCCUGAUUCUCUUUCUACGUUAUUUAAUAGUCUAAUACAGGACCGUGAAAUAUAUUUUGAGUCUGGAAACGGUCUUGUAAAUGCUGCUGGAAUAACAGCCAAACUUGGUGACAGUGGCAAAUAUUACUGUGGCCUAAGGAUUCUUACCUGUACUUGUUGUGAUGGACUUUGUGGUCCUCAUUCAGGAUGUGCUUGUGACGCAUGUUCUGCCUUAUCUUCAGAAGAAGAACAGCGUGUUGCAAUUCAAUCAAAGCUAGUUGUUCCUCCUCCAUCAAUUCAGGUUAUAGAUGAUCUAAAAUGGAAACAAGAUCCAGGCCCAGAAUGUCUGCAAAGUUUGAUGGAAUCCCUAAUGUGGGAGCAACGGAUGAGAGCCAUCAAUGCAGUUGUCAGUUGCUCAUUCAUAUCUCAAAUUCGCCGAUUGAUUGUCCUCUGCAAUAGACAUCUUGUGGCUGUUAUCAGGGACCAAAGCCAUAAUAAAGAAAUUAAGAAAAUUAAAAUAGAUAACAAACCACCACAUGUCAUAAGUAACAGAGCACUUAGUAAUGUUGUCAACACCCUCAACAAACCUGUAGAAAUCAGUUCAGAAACUCAAGAGGAAACUGAAGAGCAUACUGAUGAUUCUGAGAGUGCAAUAGGGUUAGCACGAGUAGGCGCACGCGCUGCAUUGCGACUGGCAUUGUCGCUUGUGCGACGUGCAUGGCGUUGCGGCGAGGAUGCGGACGUGUGCUCGGCACUGCUCCGCGAUGCAUUGGAUGCAGUGCGCGCAUUACCUGACGCGGCUCUCUACGCUGGUGCCGGGCUCGGAGUAACGCAGGCACCGCGCUCACAGAAAAUCUGGGCCGAAGUUGUUGAUAGUGCUGCCAAGUUCCUGCAUCAAGUUGUCGCUGGCGAGGUAGGAUGUAAUGUUCCUUUGGGCGACUGGCGCACUUCACUAUGCGUGUGGGUGGAGCUGUGCGCACGCAGGGCCGAGCUGCCUGCACUAUUAAAAGCAGCUGACGUACUCGUCGCACUACCACCGCGCCAAAAGCGACAACCCGAUAAUAGAAUCAUUCUGGAAGAAUGUACCGCGCCACUUGGUCCGUUUUUAAGACGCAUGGCAAAAGUGACUGCCCCCAAUCCGAUUGUUAACAAUGAAACUACGGCCGAGGACAACUAUACUGAAUUAUAUCUAAAGGAACUUAAUAUACCUGCUGGUGAUGGGUUAAUGGAAGUAAGAAAGGCAGGUAUUGCUUUGCUCUGUCACCUGGACAGGCUUGGUGCUCCUUUGCUGCCACCUUUGAAGGGAUUUGUAACUUGUACUGAAUCAGCACAAGAAGUGGUGUCUAUUGGGUCUGGUCCUCUUCAGUUAGGCAGUCUUAGAAUUCAGCAGAUUGCAUGUGCAGAAAAACUAGCACUUUUACUAACUCACGAUGGCGCUGUCUACACACUGCCUUAUGAUACUCUGACUCCUCAUUUAGUACCAGGAUUGGAGAGUAAGACGAUAACGCAAGUGUCGUGCCACGGUGCGGGGCGGCACUACCUGUGCUGCGGGUCGUGCGGCGGCGCGUGGUCGUGGGGCGCGGGCGAGGACGGGCGACUCGGGCACGGCGACACGGCGCCGCGCGACGCGCCCGCCGCGCUGCACCACCUGGCGCACCACGAGGUGAUCCGCGUCGCCGCCGGGCCCGCCUCCAGCGCUGUAAUAACAUCGCGAGGCGCGCUUUACACGUGGGGUCGGGGCGCACACGGCCGCCUUGGCCACGGAACUGUCGAGAACUGCCUCACGCCACAGCCCGUUUCCUUCAACGCGCACAACAUUGAGCGCGUUAUCGACAUUGCUUUAGGUUGGGGCGAGAGCUACACGCUGUGCUGCACAUUGGAAGGUGCAGUACAAGUAUUCGGUGAGAAUGAGGGAGGGGCUCCCCACGCAUUGUCGUCUCUUUCGGUGUUCAGGGUCACUCGCGUCUACACUGGGGAACACUGGCAUGCGGUACUGACUGACAGUGGACAAGUGUAUACUUGGGGUAAAGGUGAUGGCUAUCGCCUUGGUCACGGUUCGUUAGAAUCUUUUAAGAUUCCGAAGUUAUUGGAAGGCCUUCAAGGUGUAAAAGUGGUUGACCUGUCCUUGGGUGCGUCGCACGGUAUUGCCUUAACUUCUGAAGGAGCACUAUACGCUUGGGGAACACAUGAACGAGCUCAAAUAUCAAAACCAGUACCUCAGUUGUUGCAAGUUUUUAACUCUUCUUUUAAAGCAAACGGCUCCUCAAGCGCACCGACACAAAUAUUUGCGUGGAGUGAGGAGAACCCGAGAGACUUGCCAUCUUCGAUGCCAUUCGUUAUAGAUUUAUCUGAAAACACAUUUAUAUAUUUAGAAAGACUCUUGAGAAUUGCGGUGGAUCAGAGCAGUACGGCAACUAUAAAAGAGAACGAGUGCUUAGCAAUAGCUUGUCUUAAUUUACUGCGAUUGCAAGUGCACGCGUGGCAAUGUUCGCGCGGCGCGGAGAGCGCGGCUGGCGAGGGGGCGGGCGAGGGUGCGGGCGGGGAGAGGCGCGCGUGGUGUGGCGGCGUGCACGGCGCGCUGGUGGCGCUGGCGGAGGGGCGCGCGGGCGCGGGCGCCGCGGCCGCUGCUCGCCGCGCGCUGGCCGCCGCCUGGCCGCUGCUGCUGCCCACGCCGCAGCUGCGCGCGCACCACCUCAUCGCGCUGCUGCCGCACGGAUCAGCGCCGGCCAGUGCUGGUGCGAGGUUCAUGACGGAGCUGCUGGUGUGGUCUCUACUCGGAGGCGGGGGUCUCCGCGACGCGUUAAAGAACGCGCUACAAGCGCAUUCUACUGACACCUACAAUCACUUGCAGCUUGACGAUGAAUAUGAUCAGGUCGAUAUUGUGACGGGUCAACGUGGCUCUCAGUCGUCUGCCAAUGCUGACGAUGUUGAUGUAGUACAAGGUGGUUGCACGGAAGAGUACCAAAUUGAUAAUGCAACAUCUUCUGAGAAUGGCGCUUCUGUUCCCUUAAUGCACUUGGUCAAGCAUCUUAUCCGCAACACGACCUGCCAAACGCAAAUGCAUAUAAAUGCAAUAAUCAAUGGCGAAACAAGCAAAACGGACGAUCCUAAAGCACACGAUACCGUGAGCCCUAGCUGUGAUCUGCUCAUAAGGUUUCAGAGGCUGCUAUUUUGCGAAGCGAUGUGGUCACGAGGAGGGCGGAGCACUCGAGGUGGAGUGCGGGCGCUACUUACACAGUACAGUGCUCUGCUGGCAGAGCACGUGGACGCCACGCUCACCUCAUUUACACGGGCGCUUCGAAGGGCCGAUAGCAACCAGAUGGUGGCUUUGUGCGAUGUCAUCAAUUCUGAUAUUAUAGGGCGCGUGGUGAGCGAGGCGUGCGCGUGGGUGUGCGCGUGCGCGGCGCGGGCGAGCUGCGCGCUGCUGGAGUGCGCGACGCCGCUGGCGGGCGUUGCGCGCGCCUGCGACCGCGCCGCGUGCGCUCUGCCCGCCGCCGCGCGCCUCGACGCCGACCUGCUCGCCUGGCCCGGCCUGUUCGCGCGCAAGCAUCGCCGCGCCACCACCCUCCUGCGCAAAUGCGACAUUCAAAACCACAUAAAGGAGGGCGGUUCUUGGAUAGUGGUGGCUGGUCACGUGUUUGACGUGGAAAACUUUGAUUGUGCUAACGCCAGCACCGUAGAGCUGGUGCGAAAGCUGCGCGGUUGUGACGCUACUGAGGCGUUGAGCGAGGAGCCGCACGCCGCGUUUCUGUCCAGUAUCACUGAGAAGUGUGUCGGGUUAUAUGCCGAUCAGAUCUAUAGCCACCGGUGUCAAGAGAGCACGUCCAGCCUGCGCGCCCUGCACGUGCUGUCGUCGUGCGCGUUCAACUUGGCGCUGGGGCUGGCCCAGUGCGGCGUGCGGCUCGCGCGCUCGUUGCCCGAGCAGCAGGCUGAGCGCGACGCAGCCGCCUACGCUGCCGCUGUCUUCCUUAGAGGCGGCUUGCAGGUUUCUCAGCUGACGAACCCUUUCGAAGAAGAAAAGGCGGAGGCUCGCAGCGGGUCGUCGACGGGCGGCAACAGUCCGGCGGGCGAGACGCCGGCCGCGCCGCGCCUGAGCGUGGCGCCCGCGCCCGCACGCGCCGUUGCGCUGCUGCACGCGCUCGCCGAGCCCCGGCUGCACGAUCCAUUAGCGCUGCACCUGUGGUGGGCGUGCGAACGUCGCGAAGGUUGCGCCCCUCACUUUCCCCCAGAGCACCCGCUUGAAGAGUUGAGACGUGCCUUAUUAGCGGCGUUGCUGUUCCACGCUGGGUUGAAGGAACACGCGCUUGCAACUGCAACUACUGAAAUGGAAAAGGGAGAAGUGAAGUUGUCACCUGCAAUGUCCGAGAUUGUAAAAGCCGUACAACAGAGCAAAUGGACGCUAAUGAGGACGAGGCAACAGUUGUCACGUGGAUAUAAGGAAGUAUGCGCAGCUCCAUUGGAAAGGGCCAGGUUUUUGUUACACGAAGUACGUGCAGCGAUAUCUCCUGCAGUCACGGCUUUACAAAAGAGGCCUCCAUCCCACCGGCCGCCUACCGCUAAAAGGAUUUUUCAAAAAGUCAUGCGAAUGGCCAAGUCGCCUAGUUUCAAUAAAUGUUUUGAAACAACAAAGGAUUUAAGGAACAGGCAGAAUAGCUUGAGUAAAAGCAUGUUAAGAACGACAGGUAGUUUGCUUCAGGGUGAUGCACUUCUUAUUAAAUCGACAAUAGGACACACCUCAAGCAAAGCCACUGAAGAUAUUCACAUAAAAGUUACUGAACCAAAGAGUCAUUCUAAUGCAGAAGGCGUUAACGAUCCAGCUUUGAAAGAUGCUGCUAAUCAACAAACUAAAUAUAAACUAAAGCUAAAGGUUAAGCCUCUCGAGAAAGAUUUAAAAAAUGCGUCAAAUUACGAUGACAUGCGUAACGAAGCUCGUAGUGACAUAAAAAUAUCUGAAAGGGAUGAUGUGCUAGACAAAGAUGAUGAUAAAACACCUACAAAUGAGGUAUCAAUUAGCUCUAUAAACGAUAUCACUGACAAUUCGAUUUUAAAAGAAUCGAUUGAAAGCGAAAAGCAGGUGAUGUUGCUGGCUGACGAUUUGAAAAAUCAACUAAUUACUGCUGAUGAAGAAAAGGACGACGAUAAUUCUGAAAGAAAUAAGUUUGUUAAUGCCUGGGUGGCAAGACUAGCAUGUGAGGAAAAAGAUUUAUAUUGGAUGCUUGAAGAAGUCACACAGGAACAGCAAAAAUUGACAACAGCAAUCAUUGACUUUGUAAUGACUGAAGAGCCUUGCGAUAUUGAUAUUCUGAGAAGAGCUUUAUAUUGCCAGGUGCAGAGAGCUGAGAUUCGUAAAAAUGGUUAUAAAAUAAUAAAUAAAAUUCUACACCUAUCUCAAACCAUGUCCGAGAGCGUUAAGUACGCGGCGCUCUCUGGGCUAUUGGGAGCCUCAAUGGCUGAUUCAGCGCCACGCACACCUCUAAAACCCACCGUCCCGUUGACAUCACCUUUAAAAGGCAUCGAAUCUGUUAUACCAUACUCAAAAUAUAUGGUGCUUCUAGAGCGUUCGAAGUUGAUGGAUUUCAUUCUUAUCGAAUUAAAAGCAAAAGUUUUAGAAGGGGAACAACACCAGCCUUUACCUUUAAAAAUGAGUGCUAACUAUGGAGCUCAUGCAUUGCUGAACAAACCUUCAAGAGCGAGAUUUCUAAUUUCCCUGCUGGCACUGAUGAUAGAAGGUUUUAAUGGCCCGGAAUUAGAGCAAUUAAUUAACGGAGGAGCAUUGAGUUCUUGUUUGACUUUAUUGAAACAAAUUGGUGGAGAUACUACACAAUAUACUUCCCUAAUUUGUCAUGGAACGAAAUCUAAAUCCGAAUGCUUAGUUAUUUACGAGGAUGAAAGGCUGGGUGCUCGCGCUAGAGGCGCUUCGCUUUCUGGUCCUGAACUGGCUUCUCUUAUGAAGAUAGGAACGCGAGUUGUGCGUGGUAAAGAUUGGAAGUGGGGUGAUCAGGACGGUGUACCGGGCGGAGAAGGCCGAGUUAUUGGAGAGCUAGGCGAAGACGGUUGGGUACGUGUUGCCUGGGAUGCUGGUGGCACUAACUCGUAUCGCAUGGGUAAAGAGGGGAAAUAUGAUCUCAAGUUAGCUCGUUCCCCAUCUCCGCCGCCGUCUGUGGAUGAGACAAUGCAUGGCACUGUGGAGAGCAACGUGGAGUGGUGGCCGGUGAGCGAGGUGCGCGCGGCGUGCACCUGCGCUCUGCGCGUGGCGUGCGUGCGCGCGGGCGGCCAGAGUGGGACCGCGGGGGCGGGGGGUGCGGCGCGGCGUAACGUGGCCGCGCUGCAGCGUCGCCUGCUCGCGCUCGCCCGCGCGCUCCACGCGCCGCCCCCCACCGCCUUCGCUGCGCACUCGCACACCGCACUCGCUUUGCUUAGAGCAAGCGCCCAAACUCCUGAAAUGAGAAGAUCAUUGUGCACCGACUCGUGGUUUGAAUUGUGCUACAGCAUUAUUUCUGCGACAGACAAACCGAUCUCUCAAGAUUUGAUAUAUUUACAGAUUCAAUCCAUCUGGCUACUAAAGCAUGUAUUAAUGGAGCACAAUGGCGCCGCUGAAUGGCGCAAGACCGUAACUGCACAACUUUUGGCAUUAGUGGGACGGCUGUGGCUUGAAACCCAUGUUGCUGACCCGGCGCUUAGACCAAAUCACUUGAUGGUUGUGACUGGCGAUGAAGAAGAGCUAGACAACAGGUGGCGCGCGCCUGCUACAGCUAGUUACACAGGCACUACAUGCGCAGCCGUCGUAAACUUAGUGCGUCAGCUGCACGCGGCUCCUCAGUGGCAAACACCCAUCACUGCACUUCUCCUCGAAAAGCUUCAACUGGCAGCACAAAUGAUAACAAGCGACUGGCAUUGGUGGUCGCAUACUAGUCAAGACCUAACUCAAACAGUGAAGCCGUCACCUCCCUCUUUGAAUACUUGUCUAAUAGCUGGUGCGUUGGGCGUUGUUGGUGGAGUAGAAUGGCGUAACAGACUUGGUCAGAAAGUGACAGCUGGCUCACCACCGCGGAAUGCAAUCGUCACGCAACUGUCACCGAGGGCAAAAGUUACUAUAAUACACGAUGACAACUCAGUCAGCAAGGUGGACCUAAAUUCGGUGACGAGUGCGGAGUGCGAGCGGCUGCCUCAGGCGCUGGGCGGCGGCGAGAGUGCACUGCGGGUGUGUGCAGCGCUGCUGGGCGCCGCGCCAAACGUUUUGCCUCUGCACCCACACCAUCUUCCCGCUGAGGUAGACGUUUACGGCCUAAGAAGACAACAAAUGGAGCUAUUAAUGUUAUGUGCUGUUAGAGGGCUGCUUACUACUAGAACGCGUCUCCGAAAAGUUUUAAUGCAACCACCCGAUAAUGCUGGUACAAUGGAAAGGGGCGGCAGUACUGGCACCGAGGGCACGUUGCUGCGUCGCCUGCUGUCGCUGGCGACCCGUCCCAGUCCGUUGGCCGCGGCGUACUCGCCCCGCGACCUCGCCACCGCCGCCGUUGCCAUCGCGCACCAGCUUGCCGCACACGUCGCCGGUAAUCAUGGAGAUGAAAAAGACGUGGAUUCGCCUCCUGAUUUUCCAAUUAUAGACAAGAGCAAUAUGAUGCAAGUUUCCAUGGGACCAUCUACAAGUACAGCGUCAUUGUCACGAAAAGAUCUUAAUACAUGGGCAAACUCUUCGCAAGUACAACAGGUCAUAGAAAUGGGUUUCUCGCGACACGCCGUAUAUAGUGCCAUACAAACUUUGGGUGGUAACAGUAUACCAACUGUGGAAGCACUGGUCGCUUACUUGCUGGAACAACAGCAACACGGAUUCGAUGAGACGGUGUACGAAGUAAAACCUCAAACAUCUAAACAAGAGAAGCGACCUGCGCCGUACCGUUGGCGCAGUUGUUUCGCUUCCGAGGAGGAGUACGCUCAGUACCUUUCGGAUAUUAUCGCUCCAGGCAUGACUGUGCGAUGUUGUAAAGCUUAUGAAAGUGUCGCUUUGGGAGACGUUGGUCAAGUACAAAAAAUUGAACGUGAUAUAAAACAGAAUGUCUUCCUACAUGUGGAGUGGCGCGGGCUGGGGCGCGUGUGCGGCGUGCGUGCGCUGCACGCGGAGGUAGUGUCGGGCGCGCCGCCCUUCGCGCCCGGUGACCGCGUGCGCGUGCGUGCCGCCGUCACGCAACCGCGCUACAAGUGGGGCUGCAUCGACCACACCUGCGUCGGCACCGUCACCGGAAUUUCUAGCAAUGGCCGUGACUUGACGGUAGAUUUUCCGCAACAACCCGGCUGGACCGGUCAAGUCAGUGAAAUGGAACUAGUCACAGAUCAAUCGGAGUGGGGCGAGAGCGCGGGCGGCGCGGCGGUGGGGUGGCGCGGUGCUGUGCGCGCGGUGCGCGUGUCGUCGUGCCGGCCCGGCGCCGGCGCGCGCCGCCUGCUCGACGCGCAGCCGCACACCUACUGGCAGAGCUCCAGCGGCACCGGACAGCACUGGAUCCGCGUGUCGAUGCGCAGCGGCGUGCGCGUGCGGCGACUGGGGCUGGGCGUGGCGGGCGGCGCGCACGCGGCGGGCGCGCUGUGCGUGCGCGGCGGCGCCAGCUUCGAGGAGGCCGCGCUUGUGCCGCUGGCCGCCGCGCCCUGCGCGCCCUCAGUGCCCGUCGCACCGGGUGCGUCGCGCGACCGCCAGCCCGCGCACCUCGCGCAGGUGCAGCUGCUCGCCGAUUGCAAGCAGUAUUAUCCCUGCAUAGAAAUUGGGAUAAAGCAAAAUCGCAACGUUAAUGCAGACUGUCGAGUGCACGGUCUUUACAUUACCGGCUUUAGACCAAACCCACUGUACUCAGAAAUAUUAAUGAGCAUGAAUUUCAUUGCCGAAGACUGGAUGGAAAAAGAUAACCCAACUGGUGCUACUUCUGCUGAAACCAAUCCAGCGUCGCUACCCAGUGAUUGUCCAAAGGUCUAUGUGUGGGGCUUGAAUGAUAAAGAUCAGUUGGGCUGUGUAAAAGGUUCCAAAGUAAAAGUGCCGGUAUUCUCGCCAGUUUUAAGUGCAUUGCGACCUGUUCAUAUUGCCGGUGGAUCGAAGACACUUUUUGUUGUGUCUCAUGAUGGCAAACUGUACGCGUGCGGCGAGGGCACGAACGGGCGGCUGGGGCUGGGGCACAGCAACAACGUGUCGACGCCGCGCGCCAACCCGUACCUCGCGCACGCGCUCGUGCGCCGCGUCGCCGUGCACUCGGGCGGCAAGCACGCGCUCGCACUCACCGCCGACGGCAAGGUGUACUCAUGGGGCGAGGGGGAAGACGGCAAGCUCGGGCACGGCAACCGGCUAACGCUGGAAGCGCCGCGGCUGAUCGAGUCGCUGGCGGGCGAGCGUGUGGUGGGCGUGGCGUGCGGCUCCGCGCACAGCGCGUGCGUCACGGCGCGCGGACACCUCUACACCUGGGGGCUCGGCGAAUACGGUCGCCUCGGCCACGGCGACGACGUCACGCAGCUCGCACCCAAGAUGGUGGAAGCUCUAGCUGGCUUUAGAGUUAUUCAAGUAGCUUGCGGAUCACGGGACGCGCAGACUCUAGCAUUGACUGCUUGCGGCAAAGUUUUCUCUUGGGGUGAUGGAGAUUUCGGAAAGUUGGGUCGAGGAGGUUCCGACGGAUGCGCUGUGCCUAUGAACAUUGAGAGGCUGAAUACCCUCGGUGUGAUACAAGUUGAAUGCGGUGCACAGUUCAGCCUAGCCUUAACAAGGGACGGAGAGGUGUGGACGUGGGGCAAGGGCGACUACUUCCGGCUGGGGCACGGACUGGACGCGCAUGUGCGGCGCCCCACGCUGGUGGAGGCGCUGCGCGGCCGCCGCGUCGUGCACGUCGCCGUCGGCGCGCUGCACUGCCUCGCCGUCACCAGCGACAACCAGCCAGUUCGCCAACAAAACGUAAUCGAAGUGGUCGUCUCGACUCAUGUGAAAAAAAUAAUUCCACAAACGAUACUGCUUUUCUCCAGGUUUAAAUAUGCCCUUGACGGCUGCAGAAAAGUCAAAACGGUGUGGGCGUGGGGCGAUAACGACCAUGGGCAGCAGGGCAACGGCACGACGUGCGUGAACCGGCGGCCCGCGCUGGUGGCGGGCGUGGAGGGUGUGCAGCGCGCCGCCGCCGGCUCGUCGCACUCGGCCGCCUGGGCGCUGCGCCCCGCUGCGCGCGCUCUGCCGCCCGCGCCGCACCUCGCGCCCUUGCCCUUCCCUACCCUCAAGGACCCGCUCGGUGCGCAUAGCCUCGGUCUGUACUCCGAAGAAUCUGCCAUAGAAGAACCGCAAGGACCACGUCCAUCAUUGGCUUCGGCGGCUUUAGCUCUGGAGCCUCCCGUUGCCGUCCAACAUGCACUGUCUUUGUUAUUAUUAGCCUUACACAUAACACAGGCACGCAGUUUUCUGGUGGAGGCACUUCGUGCGCAUGAAGCGUGCUCUACGGUGCCGGUGUCUGCCAGUCUGGACGCAGAGGACGACGACACGGAGACCGACGCGCGCACAGGUGGCGGCGAGGCGCCCGCCGACAGAGCUACACUCCCCAGCGGUGCGAGCAGUCCGCUUAGCGGCUCUAUCUCGUCACGUCAUUCUGCCGUAAUGUCGUCUAGUGCGGUGUCGGUCGCCGCUGCGACGAUGACCGUGCAACAGGCGGAGGCACCUAAAUUGGUACUGGACGACUUCACAUCUCAACUGGGCGAAUCAGACGCGAGAGCUUUAGUGGAUUUAUUGAAGCUUGCUGCAGCCGGCCGAGUGCCCGAUGCUAAUAACGCAGUGAAAGUUAUCACUGACGUUUUGAUGGCGCUGUGCGGAAGCAAGCCGGCGGUGGCGGACAUGGUGGUGGAGGUGUGCGUGUGCGAGCUGGAGGAGGCGGCGGCCGGCGCGGGCCGCGCGCCGCCGCUGCCCACCACCGUCGACAGCCCGCACCCUUACGCGGACGACACCGACAUAUCCGGAGUUGUGAAAAUCCCGGGCGCGUCGUCUCUCCGUGUGACGUUUGAGCAGGGCUGCUCCACGGAGCGACGCAACGAUCCACUGACGAUAUCGGACGCAGCGGGGCGCGUGUUGGCCACGCGAUCCGGCCGUGAACCUGCAGACUGGGCACAGGAAAUUAUAGUUAAUGGCGAUGAAUUACGGUGGAGGUUCACGAGCGACGGUUCAGUAACCGGUUGGGGUUGGAGGUUCACUGUAUAUCCAAUACUUCCGGCUCAUUCAGUUGCGGAAAGCGGAUCUGACCGCUACGUUUUGUCCUGUCCAUCGGUUGAAUUGGCAUGGCGUUUACUAGACGGUCCUUUGCUGACGGCUAUUUCUAACGACCAUCAACUGGCCCCAAGACUUGCACAAGCACUCGCUAUAUGUGCUCAGAUGCCAACUCUUUCGUGGCGCGCGCGCGUGUGGUGCGUGCGGCGGCUUCGUGGCGUGGUGUGCGGCGGCGCGGGUGAUGCAGGCGCGGGAGCGGGCGCGGGGGCGGGGGUGCCGCCUGCGCUGCAGCAACUGCCGCAGCUGCUGCAGGCGCAGUAUGAGCACGAGGAGCCCGCGCUGCGCACCGGCACGCACUUGCUGCACACGCACUACCUCAAGGAGCUGGCGUGGCUCGCGUGCGGGUUGCGCGUGGACUCGCGCGUGUGCGGCGGGGCGGACGCGGCACGCUGGGCGUGGUUCAAGCGCUACUGCCUGUGCGUGCGCACCGCGGACGCGCUGAUCCGCCGCGCGCCGCUGCCCGUGCCGUUCCUCGCGGACGUACGCAAGCGACUUGCCGAACUCGGUGUCUACAACGUCGACGAUACUGCCGGCGACGCGCCCUACCCCUGGGAGGAUAACACCAAGUUCACUAAGCAACAUGAUGAGCAGUUGCUGCAUUGGGUCAAUAAGCGAGCAGAGGAGUGGUCGGGGUGGUGGGGCGGCGGCGCGCGCGGUUGCGCGGUGUACGGCUGGGGGCACAACCACCGCGGCCAGCUGGGCGGCGUGGACGGCGCCAAGGUGCGCUCGCCCGCGCCCUGCCUCGCGCUCGCCGCGCUCAGCCCCGUGCAGCUCGUCGGCGGCGAGCAGACGCUCUUCGCCGUCACGCCCGAUGGAAAAGUCUACGCCACAGGCUACGGCGCUGGGGGACGAUUAGGAAUAGGCGGCAUUGAUUCUGUCUCUCAGCCUACACUUUUAGCGUCAAUUCAACAUGUCUUUAUAACAAAGGUGGCUUGUAACUCUGGAGGCAAACAUUGCCUGGCUUUAUCUGCUGAUGGAGACGUUUACAGCUGGGGCGAGGGCGAGGACGGUAAACUUGGCCACGGCAACAGAGUAAGCUACGACCGUCCGAAGCUAAUCACCGCGUUGUCGGGACUGGAGGUCGUGGCGAUCGCUUGCGGCGGCGCUCACUCCGCUUGCCUGACUGCGCGCGGUCGUAUCUACACGUGGGGCAAGGGCAGAUACGGACGCCUGGGACAUGGCGACUCUGAAGACCAACUUGUACCUAAGAUGGUGGAGGCGCUCUCGCAGCACCGGGUGAUCGACGUUGCGUGCGGCUCGGGUGACGCGCAGACGCUGUGCAUCACGGACGACGACAACGUGUGGUCCUGGGGCGACGGCGACUAUGGCAAACUUGGUCGAGGAGGCUCAGAAGGCUGCAAGCUUCCGAUGAGAAUAGACUGUCUGAAAGGUCUGCGAGUUAUCAAGGUAGAAUGUGGCUCUCAGUUCUCCGUCGCUUUAUGCCAAUGUGGAAGUGUUUAUACAUGGGGCAAAGGCGACUACCAUAGACUAGGGCAUGGCAGCUACGAACACGUAAGACGUCCAAUGCGCGUUACGGGCAUGCAGGGCAAAAUGAUUACAUCGAUUGCGACAGGGAGUCUCCACUGCGUUGCGUGCACGGACACGGGGGAGGUGUACACCUGGGGAGACAACGACGAGGGACAACUCGGCGACGGCACAACGCUGGCGGCGCAAAGGCCCCGCCUGCUUGUGGCUUUACAGGGCAAGCGCGUGACGAAGGUAGCGUGCGGGAGCGCGCACACGGUGGCGCUGUGCGUCGAGGCGCCUCGCGCGCCGCGCCCGCCGCCGCCGCCGCCGCUCGAGUGCCAUCUGCUGCGAGACCUGCCCACACCCCUCAUCUGCAACAGGCUGGUUCUACUGCAUCAGUUCUCGGAAUUGGUGUGCCCAAAUUUACAGUUGCUGAUUUUAGACGGACCUUUGGACCAGUUAAGAACUCUGCUCUUCUACAGCGUCAAAGAAGCUGCUUUCAGAAAGGCGAUAAUGGCGACGAUGGUGCGCGAGCGGCAGCACGGGCCGGUGGUGGAGCUGUCGCGCGUGGGAGCGAGGCGCGCGCGGCGCGGCGGCGCGGGUCUGGCUGGCCCGGGCGGCAUGCGCUCGGUGUUCGGGCAGAUGGUGGCGCGCUUGCCCGCGCUCACGCAGGACGCGCUCGCGCUGCCGCACCGCGUCUGGAAGGUCAAGUUUGUCGGCGAGAGCGUGGAUGACUGCGGAGGGGGCUACAGCGAGAGCAUCGCAGAGAUGUGCGAGGAGCUGCAGAAUGGCUCGCUGCCGCUGCUGAUGGUGACACCCAACGGACGUGGUGACGCGGGUGCUUCACGCGACGCCUUCCUGCUCAACCCCACCGCUAAUACGCCGCUACAUCUUAAUUGCUUCCGAUUCCUCGGCGUAUUGAUGGGCAUCGCGGUGCGCACGGGGUCGCCGCUGUCGCUGUCGCUGGCGGAGGGCGUGUGGCGGCAGCUGGCCGGCCAGGCGCUGCGCCCUCAGGACCUCGCCGAGGUCGACAAGGACUUUCUGCCCGCGCUGCUCUGCAUCCGCGACAUGACGCCCGCCAAUAAGGAACUACAAAACCUGGAGCUGCCCUUCUCGAUACCGUCCGCUGCAGGGCACGAGGUGCCGCUCUCCACGCGACACAAGCGAGUCACGCCGGACAACAAGGAUGAAUACGUACAGUUGGCGUUGCAUUACAGACUGCACGAGUUCGACGAGCAGGUGCGGGCGGUGCGCGACGGGAUGUCGCGCGUGAUCCCCGCGCCGCUGCUGGCGCUGUUCUCCGCCGCCGAGCUGGAGACGCUCGUGUGCGGUUCGCCCGACAUACCCGUGCACGCACUCAGAGCAUCCGCCACUUACAAAGGUAUAGACCCGAAUGCGCCACUAGUGCAGUGGUUCUGGGAGGUGAUGGAGGAACUGUCCGGUAGCGAGCGGGCUCUGUUUCUGCGUUUCGUGUGGGGACGGACACGAUUGCCGCGCGCGCCACAGGAUCCUAGACAAAGGGAUUUCGUAUUGCAGGUGCUUGACAAGUACCAACCGCCAGAUCAUUUCUUGCCAGAAAGCUACACAUGCUUCUUCCUUCUUAAGAUGCCCAGAUACUCGUGCAAGGCGGUCCUACGGGAGAAACUCAGAUACGCCAUCCACUUCUGCAAGAGCAUCGACACGGACGAGUACGCGCGCGUGGCGUUGAGCGCGGCCGAGCGCGUGUCGUCCGAGGAGUCGGACUCGGACGACGCCGCGCCUCCCGCGCACACUCCCCACCCGCCCGCGCUUUACUCGCUCACGCGCCCCCCCACCUGGCUCUGA